UUCUGGAAUGUGUAACCCGAAUAUAAAAUAAUACUAAGAAGUGCAUGUGAGCUGACUCGAAAAAAGUAACAAUGCAUGAAGAAGAGUUUCUGAAAGGUGUGAAAAUUUGGCCUGAUGAGAAGAUUGUACAAGUUUAUUACGAUCAUCAAGUAAAUAUUAACUAUUGUGACAAGUAUGCUAACACAGCCCUUCAUUAUGCUGCCAUCAUGAAGAAGCUAAAUGUGGUUUGCUUCUUAAUGAGAGUUGGCGGAGAUAUGCUGAGCACUAAUAUGGAUGGGCUAACACCUUUUCAUUUUGCGGCCUAUGGAGGGAGUCAGAAGGUGUUGUCUUACCUUCUACAAAGAAACCAAGAAGCUUUAAAUUACCAGGCUGAUAAGAAUCAGUCAUCUCCACUACAUGAAGCUGUCAUUGGAAAAGCAGUUCAAGCAGUGGAGUUCCUGCUCCAAAAUAAAGCAAUUUGUGACCUUCAAAAUAAGGAUGGUGAAACUCCCCUGCACCUUGCUGCAUGUCAGAAGUCAGAGGGCAUCUGCAGUAAACUAUUAAAAUAUGGAGCAAAUGUGGAACUUAAAAAUAAGGAUGGUGAUACGCCACUGCACCUUGCUGUGAGAAGUGGAUCUUUACCUAUCUGUCAGAUGUUAGUUAAAAAUGGAGCAUCUCUACACACUAAAAAUAAGAAAGCGGAAAAUGUCUUGUUCUGUGCAGUGAAUGGUGCAGGCACCAACUCUAAAGAUGACUAUUAUAAUCUUGUUACUUGGCUCAUUGAAGAGGCUUCAUCUCUAUUAUUAAAUAGAAAUAAGGAUGGUUUGACAGUCCUUGAUGUUGCCUGGAAGAGACAGAUUCCUCUAAACAGUAUAGCAUUAAUCCAAAAGAAAACACAGGAACUUCAGAGGCAAACUCUUUUGAAAGAAUUAGAUGGAAAAGGAGGAGGAGAAGGAGAGGGAGAAGGAGGAAUGACAAAGAUAUUUAUCUGUGGUCAUAGCAGAGUGGGAAAGACAACCCUAGUGCAAACUCUGCAGCAGACUGGUAUUUUAUCUUAUGUCCAACGCUGGUUUAGAGAUCCAGACUCUCCACCAUCUACCGAAGGUGUACAGAUUACAAAAAGCAAUUUUGCAGGAGACAAAGCUGUGGUAUGGGAUUUUGCCGGCCAGAUGGAAUAUUACUUCACUCAUUCCCUGCUCUUAUCGACACAAAGUGAGAAUGUGUUGUAUUGUAUUGUUUUUAGCCUUGAGCAGAUUCAAAGUGAAGUAACAGGAAACCAGUCUGAAGCAAUUACUCAGGUUUUGUACUGGCUACGUUUCCUAGAUGUCUGCAAGAACAACGUUAUAAAUAAAGCUAAAGUGUUCUUGAUUGGUAGUCACUAUGACAAACUAGAAAUGGACAACAAAGAACAAGUUGUCAAGUACCUUUUUAAGUCCAUUCACCAAAACAUCAAGGAUUCCCAAACUUGCCUGGACAUUGAUACAACAGACUUCAAAAUGAAUUGUAAAUCUGCUAGUGAUGUGCAACCCCUCAGAGAAAAGCUAAUGGAGUGUAUGCAGGCUUUCCAGAAGUCUGUGGACAGCACUCUACCCUCAAUAUGCAAAGAAGUGAUGAAUGAACUACAGAUCAUAAGACAUAAUGGUGAUGUUAAAUUCUUGCUCUGGAAAGAUUUUAUUUUAUCUGUUAAAAAGAAUUUGUCAGAAGAUGUUAGCUGUGAAACCCUGAAAACAACUAUAGAAUAUCUUCACAACAUUUCUGAGUUGCUUUUUUUUCCAGAUUUUACUGUUGAGUCUUCUGCAUCUGAGGAGGACAGUGGCCUUAUAAUCUUGGAUAUCCAGUGGCUAUGUCAAGAUAUAUUUGGCAAGUUUGGCAGCUUUGGGCUUGGAAAAUUACCAUGUACUAAGGAGACAUGGACAGCAAGUGAAAUAGUGGCAAUUUUAAAUGUAGAAGGCUCUGCAGCUACAAUUUUGAAGGUUCUUGAAGUCUUGGAGUUACUUUAUAGUGAAAAUGGAGAAAAUUAUAUUGUACCAGCUUGGCUUAAGGAACAGAUGCCAAGAAACAUAUGGACCAAACAUAAAUGUUAUAAUGUUUAUUAUGGGAUAUCUUACACCUGGAAAAAAGAAAAUGGAAUUAUUUCUCAUGUGUUUUUUGCCCGGCUUCAAAUGAAAUUAAUGAAAUGUUUUACACAGCUCAGACAAGAUGGCACAGUCAAAGAGAAGUUUGUACUUUGGUCCAAUGGAAUAAAAUGCAUACAUGACACAGAGGCCCUUGUGCAAGUGCCAAAAGGUCGCCACUGCAUUAAUAUAGCUGUUAGAGGAUACAGAAGCCAUAACUGUGAGCCACAGGACUCAUGCAAGCAAUGCUUUGAAAUACUUGAAGCCAUUUGUUUUCAAGUGGAGAGUUUGUUUCUGAGGUUUGGAACAAAAGAUGAAUGGAAAAAAUUAUAUUUGAGCCCUAAGGAACUGGAAGCCAAUAUGGGCAUAUUUAAUGCUGAUUUUACUGUCUAUACCAUGAAGGAAAUCCUAGAUGCUGAAAAAAGUAAUACACUCCUUUAUAAUAAAUUAACAGGAUGUGAUGAAAAGCCCUGUGAUGUCCUAAUUUCAGGGCAUGACCUGACUGUUGUUAAAAACCUGAUGUGGGAUGCCAGCAUUAGGUGGUUACAAGCAGACACAGUUGACAAACUUUGUGCCUUUUUAGAUUUUGAGCAUCCCCUUGGAAGGCAUUGGAAGGGACUUUUAGAAGUGCUUACCAAUGGAACGAAUCAGAACUGUGAGGCUUUAGCAGAGCAAGCCAAGAGAGAAGGAUUAUCACCUACAUUUGUGCUGUUCCAAAAAUGUCAAGACAUGACAAUAUUCAAAUUAAACUGUGCUUUAAGUGGUCUUGAAAGGGAGGACUGUGUGGAUGCAAUUAAUGCUAUGUUUCAAGAUUUUAUUUGAGAAGUAUCUGCUGUAGGAGUCAAGCGGAGUGAUACAACAAUAAGCUGAUAAGUGAUGGGUGUGGUGUUAGGCUGUUACAAUUUUCAGGGUGUAUUAAGGGUCUUUGAGUGAAAACCGAAGUGGGUGUAUAUAACGAUGCACCAAUGUUGUAGACUAAAUAUAAUAUCAACCUGUCAUUGCCUCAUUGCGUGUUCAUCUUUAUGGCCUACACUGAAUCCAUAUCUGUAACAGAGGUGCAAAGAAGAUUUUGUAUUAAGUUUAAUAUACCACAUAUUCUUCUCGUAACAUUAUUUUAAAGUAUUUUAAUAAAUUUCAAUCUACUGGUAAGGUGAAGUACAUGUUUUUUGCACCACCGAGAACUAUAAGAAUACCAGAAAAUAUCAAAAGUGUGAGAAAGUCUGUAGAGUGGAGUACCCGUCGUUAAACAUUACAGCAGUCGGUAAUAUUCAAUAUUUCAAAUGGGUAUAUAAGACAAGCUAAAUAAACUGCAUUAGUUAAUUACUUUUUGGAGUACUUUAGUUCUUUUCUAAAUCAAUCCAGCCAUUUGUACUGUCAUUUUAAAAACAUAACAUCCUUGCACCACCCCAGUUACAUUCUUAAAUUGCCAAGGUGCAUUUGAAAGUGUAUUACAC